AUGGUGGAAGGGUUCAGAGUUCUCCAUCUUGUUAGACCAUUUCUGUCAUUUCUACCAGAAGUGCAGACUGCAGACAGGAAGGUUCCAUUUAGAGAGAAAGUGAUAUACACUGUGAUCCCCCUCUUUAUUUUCCUGGUCUGCAGUCAACUUCCUCUCUAUGGAAUGCAUUCCACUACAGGAGCAGACCCUUUUAACUGGAUGCGUUUUAUUCUCGCCUCAAACCGUGGGACUGUUAUGGAGCUUGGGAUUACUCCCAUUGUGACAUCUGGAUUGGUGAUGCAACUCUUAGCUGGAUCAAAGAUCAUCGAAGUUGAUAACAAUGUCUGGGAAGAUCGGGCCCUCUUAAAUGGUGCUCAGAAGCUGUUGGGCAUACUUGUUGCUGUUGGUGAAGCAGUCGCAUAUGUUCUGUCGGGGAUGUAUGGUAGCGUCGGCCAACUUGGAGUAGGCAAUACAAUUCUAAUCAUUAUUCAGCUUUGUUUUGGUGGUAUCAUUGUGAUAUGCUUAGAUGAACUUCUCCGGAAGGGUUAUGGACUAGUAUCUGGUGUUAAACUCUACUUGGAGAAUAACAGGCCAAUGAGCUUGUAG